AUCACUGUUGCGUUUACGACCACACCAGAAACGCCUUUCGGGUAGACGCUCUCUAUCCCCGUUGGCAACCAUUCAGGACUGUCUGCCUCUCGACAAUAGUCCGACGAACAAAUUUGAAGCACUCUGUUGUACUAAUGUCGUUGCAAGUAACCUCUAGCCACCUCUUCUCUGUAAGCGACGUCGUCCCACGAAGUAUGUCCACAUCUCCACUAGACGCGACAGUCGAGAAAUCCCAACUUCUAGCAAGAGACUACGUCUUGUAUCGACUACAGGAGGAAUGCGCCAAACAGAACUUAUUUACUCGCCAGUUGAAUGGCGCCUCUGGCUCCGUCUGCCGAUUUCAAGUUGAGCCGGAAGCGACUUUCUGUAUCCUCCGUAAAGCGGCGCGAGAAGUAGAAGGAAACUACGUUCGAAGGUUCGGCGACAUGUUUGCGAAGCUGCGCAUUGAGGCAGCGACGGCUCACCUCAUAUACAACGCCAUAGCCAAAGAGGUGUUUAGAGAUGGUGUCAACUGGGGCAGGAUAUGCGGUCUGUACAGCUUUGCGGGAGCCUUCGCCGUGCAUCUUGUAAAGAAAGGCAGAGGCAGCAGCGACAUAAUUACAGAUAUACCCGGUUGGGUUACAUCCUACAUAGAUCUGAAUCUGAAAGAAUGGAUUGUAGACCACGGCGGAUGGGACGGUCUUGUUGAACAUUUUCGAGAUCCUGCGGCAAGCAGAGACAAGAGCGUGUGGAACAGCGUGGUUGCCGUCGGUGGCGUUCUCGCCGGACUGGCCCUAGUCGCAUACAAAUUGAGUCGUUGAUAUGGUGAUACGCCCAACUACCAUCCAAUCGCACACAGCCGAGACUAUACAUUAGCCUGGAGACUUGAAUGUCGCAUGCGUGGAUUUAAGCUUGCUGCAGUUGCUUUCUAGUUUUGCGACUCAUACGCAUAAAACCAUUUACCUGUAUGCAUGAGAUAGAAAAGUUGAGUGUAAAUAUCAUUGUACAUCAUGAACCGUCCAAGUACUACA